GCCCGCCACCAGUGCAGCCCCUUGCCCGCCCCAGCUCCGCCCGUCCGCCGCCACACCUCCCGCCCGGCGGCCGCCGGUGCCGAGGGGCCGGGCAGCCCGGCGGGCGGGCGGCCGCCGCACCAUGAGCGCCGAGUGCAGCAGCUACCUCAGCGCCGACAAGGUGCUGGUGAGCGGGUUCAGCUGCCCGCAGACGGGCGGCGACGCCCGAGCCGUGUACUGCUGUGGCUUCCAGGACGUCAAGUACUGCUGUGAUGACCCCCACAGCUUCUUCCCCUACGAGCACAGCUACAUGUGGUGGCUCAGUGUUGGAGCACUCGUGGGCCUGUCGAUAGCAGCAGUGGUGCUCUUUGCUUUUAUCAUCACCGUGUGUGUUCUCUGUUAUCUGUUUAUCAGCACGAAGCCACGCAGCAAGCUGGAUACUGGUUUAAGCUUACAGAUGGCAGAUACAGAGCUGCAUCCUUCACAAGGCCCCUACCAAAACAAGCUGUCAACAAAGCCAAGUGGCUUCAAUGGUUUCCUGAGCCACAAGGAUGGACUGUGACUGUAAGCACAAGAAUCCAACUCACUCUUCCAGAGGUGUUUCCUGGCUAUUACAACCACUGUUGAUAACUGGAGUCCAACCUGAAGCUGUGCCAGGAUAUGUAUUUGUGUAUGGUUACUGUACUGAGAAGUAGUAUAUUGUGAUUUGCACAUACCAGCUACUGCUGCUAGUCAUUUUCAUGCAAAUUGUUGUCUUUAUCCUGUGCAAUUCUAAUGAGAACACAGUUGUCAAACAGAGCGGAAUUUGGCACACCAUGUUGACCAAGCUUUAUUUUAAGCUUUCCCCAUGUGCCAUCUUAAUGUGAUGUCUUCAUGUCAUGAAUAUGGUUGUCUUUAGCUAAAUGUGAUUGUUAGGUGCACGGACAUGUGUGAACACAGUACCUCAAUAAAAUCUGGCAUUUCUGUUGUA